AGAAGGUUUUCAGAUCUUCAGCAGAUACUCUUUCAGAAGAUGAGAGCAAAAGGCAUCAGGCUUCAUGAAGAAUUCUUGAAGGUUAUCCCUUGUAAGUAAUUGAUUCACAUUACAUAUUUGAAAUUCUAAUGAGGUGGCAGUGUAGUAAUGAGGAAGAGGUUGUCAUCGGGUUGUCAUUUAUCUCAAGCAGAAAGCAGUGACUCUGGGUGGAAUUUGUCAAGUCUGUGUGAAGAAAUGCCAGCCCCGUUUGUGGUCGGUGCAGCAAGGCUGCAGAUUUUACAGCUUGUAGUGUAACCUGGGGGAGUCCACAGCAGUGUAAGUGUAGGAUUAGGACCGUGGCUACAAUAUAAGUACUUGUAAAACAAUUUGUGAGAGCAAAGUAUUGAAAAUUGGCAUGUUUCAAAAAGGGAACAAUGCUAAACCUGUGUUUUCCACGAAAAAUAACUUGGCAAUGUGUUGAUUAGCAACCUGUGCCACAGAAUCCAAACUUAACAGGUAACUCCUGGUACUAAAGAAUUAUUCAGACCAGGAUUUACCUUUUAUGAGAUGCUUUAACAUUUUGGAAGCACUGGGAAUCAUGAGUAGAGGCUGCUUGAGUCUGUAUGGGUGUUCUCAUCUACACUGUUAUUAUGAGUUUAUCAGCUUUUUCUUGAGGAGGUAGCGCCCUGUCAUGAUACUUGCUUUCCUUUACUACAGGAGUAUAAUUGAAAAGGUUUUAAAAACCUUUCUGCAUCAGCCAAACAAGACUAUGGUACAAAAGAAGUUGGAAAAGGAAUUGUAAGUGUUACAGAAAAUGUGGGGUUUGUAGCAUUUGCAAAGAGACACAUUAAAUAUGUUGGUUUAUGUGAGUGUGACUAUGCUCAGAUAUUAUCAAUUUAAUAUCUAAGCACAUAUUAAAAAUCAUGAGGGCUUGAGGAACAGUUAAAAUUGCAUGUGUUUCCCAACAUGGCACAGUUAGGGCAGUGGAAAACUCUUUCAGCACUUUUAAUGUGUUCUCUCUCUUUUUCAGGAGCCAGGGAGAUGAAGGACUUAUCUCCCUCAUCUCAAAACUCCCUUUGCUGCUAUUUUUUUUUCUUUUGCCUUCAAUUGUUCACAUACCCAUGUUAAUUAAUUUCUAAUCUAAUUAAAAAUAAAUUGUUUUAGAUAAUUCCUCAUAGUUUGUUUGGUUUUUCCCCUCGGUGUGGAAGCAUGAGAGUUAAGUGUAAGACCAGAGAAGGCUGUAAGUGUCUUAGAUCCUCCACCUUCUUUUUGGUUUCUUUGAUUCGAUUGCCUUUCUUUUGUGACUAGGCCAAAUUUUCAAAUGCUGUCUCUUAAACAGAACAUCAAAUUGCCAUUUAAAUUCCACCUGGCUUGCAGGGUAGGAGUGGGUAUUGACUAUAUUCUCUGCUUUGUUUUUGUUCUUGAACAGAAACCACUGUUAGACAAUGACCAUUCCUCUUUCAAGGUAGGCUGAAUUGCAAGGCUUCAGCAUUGCAGGUGUAUUUUAAAUGCCUGUAUCAUUAUUUCCUUAAUAAUGAACAUGCUGUUAAAGAGCUGGUACUUGAAAAUUGUAUCUCUGGAAAGAAUUUGAACAUAUCCGUUUUCUGCCUUCCUUAAAAAUUACUUUUGAUGGUGUGGUUAUAAUGUGUAAAUGUGACGUGUGUAAUAAUGUGAAGCUGUUUUCAGCCCUAGAGACACAAAUAAGGCUUUCCUUCAAGAAAGUUUUGAGAGCUCUUUAUUGUGAAUACCUACAAAGCAUUUUCAUAAAUCAUGUAAUGGUAUUUAUAGAUACUCAAUGUUAAAUGAUUAAUUUUAGUAGCUUAUUUUUUUAUGUUUCAUUGAUUGAUUUUACUUUUUUAUUAUUAUUUUAGAGUACUUUGUAGAAUUUACAGUAUCCCAGAGAACAGACAGGUAUUUUUAGUUAAUUUUCAUAGAAGGAAAGUGUUUCAAGCGCCUUUUGUGUUUGACUGUAUUGCAAAGCACUUUAAUUAUUUCCUCAUUAUGCUGACUGCUAAAAUAAUAUUCUCUGCCUGUUGUUUGCAGUAUGGUAAAUGUGUGGUUUGGGCAUUGUGAUUCAAGCACAAUCCUGCAAAUUGUUAAUUUGGGGUGGGACUGGAAAAAGGUAAUUCCAGAUUAAAAUACAGUGGUGGCAGAUUGAUGAGGAUUAGCCUAAUUGUCCACCUGAAAACUCAGGUCAUUCCAUUUCUGUAUAUUUUUAAUUCUAUAUUUACAGGACAUAACUGUAGGCUGAACUUGUUGUUUCUUUCCUCUAAUUUUGAUCAUAAACAACAAAUUUGAAUUUAGAACUUAACCUUUAAUGUUCUUAUUCUGAAUCCAUGCUUCAGCUAAGGCUGGUCUUUAAAUGCUCAGUGGUGUGUUGAAGGCCUUGUUAUACUUUACCUACUUUUGGUCUUUCAUGAAUUUUUACACAUCUGAUCCUGUUUGAAGAGCUGAAAAGAAAGCCAUUUGUUCUCAGCGGGCACAAAUCCAUUUUUAACCAUUUUAACCAAACAUGAGUCACCUGUUUUUCCCCCAGGGACACUGUCAGGUGAAAUUGCUUCUGUGCCAAGUAACUUUAUCAGCUGAACUCCUGUGGUCUGACCAAGCUUUCUUUUGAAAUCAGUAGGUUCUCACCUGCCUGCUAGCACUGGGAAGGUGGUCCAGAAUUUUUGUUCAUCUGCUUCUUUGAAAGCCUUGCCCAGCUCCCCAUACCCACUGUUUGCCCAAAUUGUUGUUUGGUAGCUCUCCCAUCCACAGACAUUCCCCCUGAAGUUUUUAUCCAGUUACUUCCCAGCUAUUCUUUUACAAAUUAAGCAGGGCAAGGCCUUUGGCAUAUAUAUGGGAAGUGCCAAAAACCUGAAACGAACGCAGUGCAAAUAAUUGCACAACUUGAUUUAGAUGCUGAUUUUUUUUUCCUUUCCAGACAUGGAAACUUAAUUAUAUGCAUAAUCACUCCUGGUCUUCAUGCUAAAAACAAGCUACUUGUAGUUAAAAAUACAAUAAAUUGGGAUAAGAAAUUGACUCUAUAAGAUGAAAGCAACACCACAGCCAUAUUUUUAUGUCAUUUAAAAGGCAUUUCAAAUAGGCAUUUUAAUUAGGCUCAUGUGAAGACCACUCCUUUACUUUUGGUGCAGCUCCUGUAACCCGUUUUUGCAGAAUAUUGACAAGGCAGCAAAUUUUAUUGGAUAACGAAGGAAAUUAAACUAAACCUGCAAACUCGUAUUUAGGGAAGGCGAUGGAACAAAACCCUUGCAUGUGCAGUGCCUGACACUAAGGGCUGUGUGCCCAAACCUGUUGCCACCAAGGAAGAAUGAAUGUCCUGUGUUCCCAUCACUUUUCCAAAGGAAAAAUGCAUGUGCCCAGUAUUUGCCUGCAGAUGCUGGACCAGGUGGGUGAUCCUACAGCACUGAGGUGCCAUUGGCAUUGUCUGAAGUGUUGCUUAAUGCGCCUGGUACAGUUUCUGUCUGUAUCUAUCUUAGGUAUUUACAAGGCACCUAUCACCUUGGUACCUAAGCAGUUUGAGAAAUGCACCCACCCCAGGAGGGAUGAUGAGAUACAGACAGAGGCCCAGGUCCAGAGCAGCAGAGGCAGGGCCCGGGAAGCUCCCCCGCUGUGUUCCCGCUGUUGUUGGGCUCCUGGCCCUCUUGUUGUGGCCAAGGGACAUCUCCACCCACCUGUCUGUCAGCAGGAAGAGACGGUGCCCCAGCCCUCCCGUGCAGCUCCGCUGGUGGGCAGUCUGAAAAGGAAAGAUAAUGGAAAAGGCAACGAUCCGGUAGCAGAGGUGAAACAGGAAUGGUGGGAUUUCAAAAGGAGGGCUUCUUAAAGAGCAGCACAUCUCAGGGGAGGGAUCAGCUGCCAGUCCAAGUGGCAGAUGUCACUGGGGAGCAAGAUGGGGAGGUUCCUGGAUCCUCGGGGCAAGCCAGCCAUCACCGAGGGAGCUCGCUGUCCACGCCGGCCGAAGAACAGGAAUCCUCGGUGCCUGCCUCUGACGAAGACUCGCCAGCCAGGACCACAGAGAGCUGGCAGUGGCCGCUGUCCUCAUCUGAAACGCACAGCAACGUUGGGGAGGAUUUUGAGGGAUUUCAAACGCCGGCGCGGACUCCAGAGUGCACCAUGGACAUACAGUCUCCCGGGGAUCAGUCACUCAGUAGGACUCCUCAGUUUGAAAGUGACUCUCCUGAGGAGGAGGGAAAUGAUGAGAUGAAUGAAGAGCGCUGCGGUGUUGAGCCUGUCCCUAGGGAUCGGGGUUGGAGAGGGCAGCCCCAGCUAACAGAGGGAGAGAAGCUGUUGAUGGAAACCAACAGUAGGAUUGUGCAGCUGCUGGAAAAUAUCAAGAGGGAGCAUGCACAGUCCAUGGGUCUCAUGUCCCAGUCCAUGGGCCGUAUGGAGCUGCAGCUGGGCAUUGUGGCUACCUCCACAAGAGCCAUCCAUAACUACCUGUCAGAGAUUUUAGCUUUCCUCAAGCAGCCGAGGACACAGGUCCUUGAAACGCGCAUCUCCCAAAGAGCCACCCCCCAUGUCGAGUUGACAUGUGCCUCGACAUGGACUGGUGAGGACGCAGUGGCAUCCUCCACUGUGUGCUUACCAGGGGCCGAAGGGACGAGCGCCUCUCGCGACCCACCGCAGGCCACCCUGCCUUGUCGCAGUGGCCGGCUGCAGAGAGCCAUAACCGAGAGGGCCUCGCUGCCCAUGCCUCCACGCCAGGCAAAAGGGGGAGGGAAGAAAAAAUAACCACUCCAUAGGAUUUUUAGAGUUUUUUUUAAUGUGCCUGUCCUUUUAAUUCUUAGCCAUAAGGCCAUCGGUGGCAGAGUUCAACCAUUUCCUACAUUGGCUAACAUUGUAUUCUGGCUGACUAGAUUAGUCUAACAUUUUGUAGUUUAUAUUUGCACUGUUAACGAUGUGUGCUGCUGGUAUUUGAAGAACAUUUGCCUCUGUUCUUUCACUUUAACUUCAUACAAGCAUUUUUUUACUCUGUGCUAGGCAUUCGUUGCUUUUCUUACAAAUACAAGUCAUUUCUUGAGGCAGCUGUUUUUUGAGUUUUCUUUCUCCAUUAUCCCACCCCCUCUGAGCAAGCACUCGGGACUUGGUGGUAAGUAUAGAGGUCUUGGCAAUACUCGCCUCCCAAACUGUGUUCGAUCAGUCUUUGCCUGGUGUUUCUGGCAUGCCAGCCUGAGGUGUUGGGGUAUAGCCUGUACUGGAUCAUUACCAUUCUUAUCCUCUGUGGGUCUCACCAGCUCACUUCCUAAGACCCUCGGUGGAGCUAAUCCACAUGUCUUGGCUAUGUCGUACAAUAAGUAAUGUUGCCAGGAUCAUACCUCAUAUUUCUCUUUUUGGGGGCUGUGUAGUGAUGUGCCACCAGAUCUAUCUGGGCACCUGACUCUCGUUUUCAAAGUUCAUUUGAUGAUGGAUCUGGUGGCUUGAUGGGCAGCAUUAUACUUUUUCCUCUGAGAGAGUCUGGGUAUUCGGAACAGGAGUCACUAAGCAAUGUGUUCUACGGGGAUAAGACCCAUCUCCUGUAACAAAUCUAUUAGGAGAAGACUGUCCCCUGUAAUUAUCACAGAUAUUAAUUAUUAAAGAAAAAGAAAAAAAAAAGCAACUUGCCUAGCAGCCAGACCUCUUGAGAAUGUAAAAGUCAUGACAUGCUGUUGGGUACUGUGCUACUCUGUCUGUGAUUAAGAGCUUUUCAUCAGAGACGAGACCUACAUCUUGAUAAAACACAACUACUUUCUGUGCCAUUAGGCCAUCCAAUUUCCUGAGGGCUGGCACCCUGAGCAGGGCACGGGUCCCAUUGGUAACCCAACAGGGCAGAUGGAAAUGCACUUUGGCAAUAAAUUACUUUAUGUCUGUUGGUGCUGCCUCUCUCGGGGGAAUUUAAUAUAGUGGCACUCAAAUUGCUAUAUGCAUGCAGAGGCAUCAGACUGGCUUUUACAUGUGGUAUCCCUGACAGUUCUCCGGAAAGAUGCUGCUCCCAGGAGGCCCUGGAGCAGUGGGAACAGGUUCUCACAGGUGUAGCAUGGCUCCUGUGUUUGACUCUCAACAUGCCGUCGUGACUUCUCGGGAAGGUGCAGAGCAGUUUCUAUGGAAAAUGCCAGGGAACAAUUGCAGGCUUAAAAAUCCUCUUCUGUGACUACAGCUGAGCCAUGCUCUUUGGCCAGUGAGAUGUAGACUCUUCUUCCCUGUCUUCCAGUAAGGCUGAGGUUAUUCAGGGCAAAACAGAUCAGAGUUUGUUACUCUACCAGCCAGCCACAACCUUCUCCUGUAAAAGUGUGUGUGUGUGUGUGUGUGCUUGUGGCUGUACUCUGCUAAACGACCGGUUCAAGGAGGAAGUGCAGCUGGCAUGGCCAACCUCCAGUGUAGGCUUUUCCCACAUUCCUUCCUUUUGACCUUCAUCCAGCUGCAUUCCUUUUAAAAAUCCCAUUGGAGGCAGGCUUCUUUGGGCCACUCUAUCAACACACCUCACAGCAGGUGCCAAUUUUUGCAUCAGUUUUGUAGCUUUUUUCUCUUUCUUUUGUCAGGGUUAUUUGUAAAGUUAUCCUAAGAGAAUUUCCCACAGGAGCUUGUGAGCUUCCCCGCUCGUUGGUAUGAGGAGUGCGUGCUGCAGAGUAUUUGAGCUCACGAGGAGGCUGGGAGGAGAGCUAAUUAGUGAGCCUGACAAAUUAUUCCAGUAGGAGUAUAUUUGGAACGUGUGGUUUGGAUGCAGGAGGGGUUUGCACUCUGGUGCUGUGGAGACAAACAGCUCGCGACACAGGCAAGUGAAGGUUCGGCCCAACACGUCUUCUUUCUCUGGGAUGAAUCUGAGUGAGGCUAGCUGUGGUUCAGCCAGUCCAUUUCCUUGGCCUGAAGAGCACGUUUGAUAAGGCAGUGAGGAUGUUUUUAUUUCACGUCGUGCUUUCACUCCGGCAGGGUGGGGCAGUUGUGGCCAGGCGUUCAGAUUUUGACGUUUCCCACAGGACCCGCCAUGUAGCUGCCACCAUUUAGGAUCAGUCUCCACGUGCUGGCUGCUUCUGUGGCCUCACAUUUUUUGUUGUAGUAGCUCCAAAAUGACAACCUCCACUCCACCUUUUCUUUCUGAUCCAAAGGCAGUAGAGCGAGAGAAAGAGCUGUGCAGUGCUGCUGUUGGAAGUGCCAUGCAAGGAAGCCCUAAAGAGUUCCUUGCAAAGCUUUAACCCGCCCUCCUCUCCCAUUUCCUAGUGCUUUGGCUAAAUGUGGCAAAUGGGAGCAGCCAUAGGGUGAGAAGGACUGAAAACCUCUCUACAGACAAGAAACCUGCAAUAAACUCAUGCAAAACCAGGGAUUUUUUCCCCUCAUGGAAAUGGUAGAUGGUUUUAAGAAUGGGUACCAACUGAUAUUUUGGUCAGAUCCAAAAUUAGGAUCUGACUUCUAGGAUUGUCUAGCAAAAUCAGUGCAGUUGCAGGGUAUGUAUGUUUCAUCCCCAGCAAAAAUUUUCAUGCUUUUCCAAGUGUCUGUCAUGGCCUCAUCACUCUUUCCCUGUAGCUUUUUGUUGUCUGAAUGGGUAUCUGGCUACAUGUGUCUGUUCAAAAUAAAGGGGAUCACUUCUUACGUGGUGUAUUUCUAUUUCUCAUGUGCAGAUUUUGAGUGCUUCAGUUUCCAAGGCUUCCUUCUUUCUGUAUCCCAAAGAUCAGUUGUUUGGCUUCUGGGAUGAGAACAAGGGUGGGAGAGCCUUAAGAGGAAUCUCUGCCCUGUUGAAGCUCUUGGUGAUAGAUCCCCUUAUGAAAAGCCUUAAGAAAUGUGACGUGAACUUGGUUUUUUAUUUUUGAGUACAUGUGACAAUUUUAAGAAUUUUUUUCCUUUUCUCCUUCCACUGGAUGAUUUAAACCCCACAAAAAAAAAAAAAAA